AUGAACUCAACAGUUGAACAACUUAAGGAAGUUCUUAACAUGCCCAAUCCUCAGAAUUUUAGGAUUAAGACCGACUUAGGUCAAAGAUGUAAAAGGUGUACAGGAAGAUGUCAAAACAACCAUUAUAGCCUGGAUAGAGAGUAUGGAGAACUAAAAGUUGUGAUAAGCAAUAUGCUAAAGCAUAAAGAGCCCAUGGAAUGCUUUAAACAUUCAACAGUAACCUAUCAUCCACCACAUAAUUGUAAUAAAGCUAAAUGUGAAAGAUGUGGAUCUUGGGGACAUAGUAAGGAGGUAUGCAAUGAUAAGUUAUACUAUUGGAAUAGGUUUUUCCUAUGCAAAUGUGAUGGAAGGAGAUGUAAAAGACGAAGAUCAGAAACCCAAUUUAAAGGAGGCAAUCAUUGUUGCACCUGCCAGAAACCUGUAAUAUUCUAUGAGGCAUACAGUAAUUAUAAAAUAGGAAAAUUAAGAUGCAAUGAAUGUCAUGAGAAUAGCGUUAAUAACAAAAGACCACCUACACCAGAUACUGACGAAGGUAACAAAAAGCCCAAAUUUAAUAUACCAGAACCUGAAGAUCCAAUGCAAGAUAUGGAGUUAAACCCACCAAGGAUCCAAAAUAAAGGAAAAGAGAAACAAAAAUAUACUGAAAUCAAAUGUACGAAUUGUAACAGAAAGGAAAGCCCCAUUAAUUGUAUCAAUAAUUUAGAUAAACUUGGAUAUGAUCCAGAAGAUGAAGAUGAUAUGAGCGAAGAACAGGAUAAAAUCAAUAAAAUGUCAGGAAAAAUUCAAAAAUACCUUAAGAAAGAAUUCAAAGAAAGGAUAUUUUCUGAAUAUCCAAAAGAAAGGAUUGAAGAAGCUUUAGAUGUUAUAGUACCACCAGAGAUAACAAAUAUGAUAUCUGAACAUAUAGAGAAUAAAGAAUUAACUCAAGUGAUACCUAUUAGAACCAUUAAUGAUACUAUUGAAUGGACCGAAGAGAUCAGACAACCAUGGGAAUUGAAUGGAGAAUUCAUAUGGCCAGAAGAAGAAUUAUUAGAAAACCCCAUUCCUAUAAUGUAUAUAAUUCAAGAAGUAAAUCCCACCGAUAACAGAAUAAUUGAACUUCAAAACCAUAUUGUUAAACUAGAAAAUGAAAUUGCAAUAAAGGACCAAAUGAAUGAAGGAUUAAGGAAUCAAUUAGAGGAAACCCAAUAUCAACUUAACGAAACAGCGAGAAUGUGCAAUGAAAAUGCAAAUAUGGUGAUGAACGCUCAAGAGUGGAUGAAAUAUUUCAAAAAUAAAUAUGACAGAAGGAAUAAAUGGGUAAAUGAAUUAAAAAAGAAAGGUAAUAUUUUGUUAACAAAAUAUGUCAACAAAAAUAAUGAUUUGAAAGAGAGGAUAGAGGAAUUAGAGCAAGAAAUAAAUUUUGGAAACGUGUUAUUUAAUCAGAUAAUAGAUCUUAAUAUGACAAUUAGUUCAGACAUAGAUAUAGAUCCUUCUAUGGAAAACAUGGAACUCUUAAGAUAUUAA